GACGAAGUCUCUCCGACAUGCAUCGGUUCCAACAGUGCUUUCAGUAGUCAAACUUUAAAACACAUCUACGACGCCUUGGUUCUCGUUCGGGUAUCUCGUAAGUUUACCUGCGGCCGUAUUGGCCCAGCCUCGCCUUGCUAUGUCGAAGCCAACGGCCACGAGGUUGAGCGGCGUAAGGAAUCAACGGCGGUGUUGGUUUGUUUGACGCAAGGGCCAUGUUGUUCAAACGUCUGGAGAAUCCUUGCUGCAUUCUAGGACUAGGGAAAUACAUAGGUCCAUUUGAAUCGUCCCAGGCUGUUGUGGCAACCAAAAAGGCCCAUGGUGCUUCUUCAACUACUGCAGAAGAACAUGUCCUGCAGGGCAAAGCGGAACGGAACGGAGCGUCCAUCCAAGUUGUAGGAAUCACUGCAUUGUGGCGCCUGGAGUGCCAUCAUGGGAACCCACGGAGGUGGUUCGGCCAUAGUAGAAGGGCAGAAGGACAAAGAGCCAUCUUCACAAGGCAGCCUGUUAUAGGUCAGCCAAAAGCUAACUGUUCACGAGAAGCACAAGACGAAUUCCAUAUUAGAUACG